ACGCUGAUGAUUACACCUGCGGCUUCCAUCUGCAUAAUCCCACCACAUCUAGAAGAGAGAUGCUGCGUUUAUGGAAAUAUAUUCUAUUUAUUGGUUAAUUGUUUGCUUUUAUAAAUCAUUAAUGGAGGUGGAACGAGAACCUUAUCGUGUGAUACUUCUCAAGACACCCUGUGAGAGUUCAGAUGCAGUGAGCAGGUGGCUGUGCAGGAGUAUGAAUCUGCCCUGUGAGAAGGGUCCAGAGGGAAGGUAUGACUUUGAGAGCAUGGUCAAGACAGACAGACGCGCGUUCUCCAAAUUCAAUCCUGGAGCCCAGACACCAGAUGAAAACUCUUCUCUGGUGCAACUGCGUGACUAUCUGACUCUAAUAGAUCCGUGCUCCGGUCAACUGAGUGCAGGGGCACAGGUGUGUCUCGAAGCAAAGAGCAGAACCCCAUUCAUCGAAGCUGUUUACACCCCGUCUGAUCUGUGGGUUCCGGCAGGAGCACGAGACAGGCCUCAGACUCCUCCAACCAGACCCUCAGCUCUGAUAUAUGACAAGUCUGAGCACAAGAGGUGGAACUCCAGGAUGAAACCAGAGGCAGCAUUGAAGGCAAAGAUUGGAGGUUGGACAAGUGCACAGAGUACUGAACACCCCUCUCAGGACAGCCAUGAAAUAAAUGCGGGUCCAGGACCAUCUCUUCUUUUUGAUAGCAGAGCAACGGCAGCUCGACAAUACAUCUACACUUCUGCAGCCCAAAGAGGUUAUGAGAAUGUAGACUGGGACUCAAAGUUACCUCCUCGCCACAAACCACCCACAACUACACUUGAAAAAAUGGCUGACCCCAUGAGUCAACGAUUCGUGCUGAAGCGAUACCACAGCAGACCUGAGCCGUGGCAGGCUAUUGGAUCCCAUUGGAACAAACAUCAGUUGCGUGCCACAUUUAACACAAGGAAACCCAUCAGCUUCACCAGUCCGUUUCCAAAAUCAGGCCAUGUACCUUUAUAUUGUGGUACGGUAUGCUCUGAGAACAUGGACAGUGUGGACGUCCCAAAAGAAGACUUUGUCCCUCUGACUGUUCUGCGGACCACAGUGCCUCCUCACACCCCUGCCAGCUACCGAACUACUAUACCUGGUUACACUGGAAAAGCCAAGUUUGACAGACCACAGACCUCAGCUGACAUGCUGCCUUCUUUACCGUAUACUCCACAAACAGCAGGAAGCCGUCCUGGCACCUGGAGCUCCCCACACUACGGACACAAGGCCCCUCUAUCAGGAAUGAUCACCACUGUCCCACCGGGAAACCCUUACUUUCAUCCCAAAGCCCCGGUACUUUCCGUGAAAUAACUCUAAAAGUACGACAUGUUCCUUAAAGAGAAGAAUAAAUGAUGAACAAGUGUGGGAAAUGAGAGCCUCCCUUUUCAUGAAAUCCAAUCUGUGUUUGUGAAUAGAUCUAUAAUGAUGCUAUGUCAAUGACUGAUUCUCUGAGCUCUGAAUAAUGAGAUGUUUUAUUAGCAUAAUUUCCCUUGAUUUAGAUGAGUGCUUCUGAAAAUGUGGAGGAUGUGCCAUUGUCUUAAACAUUCGGUGUCGGUGUGGGUGUGUGUGGGCUUACGUAUUUGACUAUAUGUGUGUCCAUGCGGAUAAAUGAGUGCAUCAUUUUCUCACAGAUCCUCUUCUGCAUUCUUUUAUUUGCCUUGGUACGUUCAAAAAGCACUUACAAACUGCUUGUGCAAAGAGCUACUUUGUGGUUACGCAGCAAUGGCAAUGCAAAUAAAACUUUGCCUGAUCUGAUCUUAAAAGAAAACAAAAGACAUGCAUUUCUGAAAUGCUCUAGUUUUGCACCCCAAGAACUGUGGUUUGGAGAAUAAAAGAAAGAAUACUAGUGCAGCUUCACCUGCUAACAGGAAAUAGGAACAUGCUGGUUUCCUGUUUCCCCUUUUGUCGUCUUUGCACUUCUUUGUUGAAAACAGUCCGCUCUGGAAGGAGCUCAGUUGAAUCCACCAGUUGAAAACACCAACUAGUAAGAAUCAACAUGUAUUUAUGACUGAAAAGGUGCUAAAAACCAAAC